AUGACGAAUAUGGUGGGUGGUGAUGCGCUUGCUGUGGAUGAUGACCCUGAGAUUGGAUCUCUGAACGCCCACUUGAGCGGUGAGCCAGCUCAAGCCAUCGUGGUAACUCCUGAUCAGUCGGGGAUUGAGAUACAGAAUAAUGUAUUAGCUGUCAUGCCACAUUUUUAUGGGAGAAGAAUGGAUAACCCGUACACAAUCCUGCACGAGUUCUGCAAACUCUGUGGAAUACAAAAGCGACCGGUUGGGUCCAGUGAGGAAGACUACAAAUACUGCUUUCCAUCCACAAAGACGAAUAACCUGAAGAAGGAGAUACAUGGGGCCCGUCAAGACAGUGAUGAGACUUUGAGUCAAUAUUGGGGGAGAUAUAAAGGGUUGCUUGAUGCGUGCCCAAACAAUAGCAUGGUGGAAGCUGAUGUUUACAACACUUUUUACGAAAGAUUAACCCUGGAAAGUAAGGAUCUCAUAAACUCCUCAAGCGGCGGUGACUUCUCUAAGCUGAAAGUGAGUGAAGCCAAGAGGGUUCUCGAUAGGUUGAUCAACGCCAAGAAGGCAUAUGAUAUUCCAAGGACCACGAUAUUGAGACGAGUAUUAACUAACACUACCACAGACACAAUCAAAGAGAGAAUGGAGGCCCGAAUGGAUAAGCUGGAAAAAGACAUUAUUGGCCACUAUGGAGAAAAAGAAUCCACCUGCCCUGCCGGAGAAGAGGGGUACCAAAACCAAAAUCCGAACGCCCAGACACAGGGAGGUCAAGAAUCGCAUGGAAAUUUCCAUCCGGGGUCGGGAUCGUCGUCUAAUAUUCCGCCAGGAGCAAGCUCAAGCCAGGCAUUGUCCAAGCAAUCGAAGGGCACAGAAGAGCUAAUACGAGAUUUGUUGAAUUCCCAACAGCAUCUCCAGGGGAACAUGCAGGCAAAUAAUGACGUAGUGUACCGGCUACAAGAUGCCCAACAUGAGCACAAGGCAGCUAUGUAUAUGCUCACCAAACAGAUCUCGCAGAUGGCCACAACAUUGAAUGAGAUACACGGGCAUAACGGUUACCUCCCCGCUACUGUUAAGAUGUCAGACAGAGCUAAUAUCAAUAAGAUCACUCUAGAUCAGGAAGAUUUUAUGCUGAACCCGUGA